AUGGGCGACUACUUGACCUACAAACGCAACCGCGCUUUCGACAGCGAUGGCGUAUAUCCGGACGAGAACUAUGCCCGUGAAAUCCAACAGCUGUUCACGAUCGGCUUGUGGAAACUCAACACCGAUGGCACCAGGGUCUUGGAGGAUGGGGCACCGGUGCCGACCUAUUCCAACAGGGAUAUCAUGAACUUUGCCCGCGUGUUCACCGGCUUCGACGAGCAAGCGGAGCGAGCCAAUAUUGAGCAUGUGGAAGGAAAGAGCAACAUGAUUGAUCCCAUGCAGAUGAAAGCAGAGUGGCAUGAUGCCUAUCCAAAGCCCAAGCUGGAUGGUGGUUACUUGGGCGAUGGCUAUCCGCUCUGUUCUGAGCAGUCCGUGCAGAGUUUCCUGGAACAAGGUGCCAAGUACCGCUUCUUGGGGCAUUCCACCACAGACCCCAACGUCUUGGUUCUCUCGGCUGAGUCGCCUUUGUAUCAGACGCUUUGCGGCGGUGCGCAGGUCUGCAGCCAUCAGCUUCGCCAUGAGUUGACAGAGACUCUGGCAUGCUUUGGGACAGAAUGCUCUUCCGGAGCUGUUACAACUCUGUUGGUGGCGGAUGGCUUCUAUGAGUUCUUGCGCCCAGCAUGUGUGAGCCUGUUCUUCACCGCAGAUUUCGAGGUUCUCCUUUAUCCGGAUGGUGAAGUGGGCUCCAAUGAGGAUAGCCAGACUCGACAGAACAAAUUCCUUGGGAACUUCGUGUCAGGAGAACCUCCUGCUGACACAUCCAGCUGUCCCAGCGGCUGCACGGCUGCCGUCGGAGCCUGUGCCUGCCCCGUGCAGUUGGAUCAGCAGGAUGGUAUGCAUGUGAUCCGUGCCGGCGGGGCGACCUUGCAGAAUCCUCCGGUCUUCGUGGACAGAAAGGCAGCCAGAGCUCGUGAUUGCCUCUGGGAAGUGGAAGCCUUAUUGGAUCAUCUCUUUGAGCAUCCGAACACGCCGGUCUUCGUGGCCUAUCGCAUGAUCCAACGUUUUGUGACCUCCAACCCCUCCGGUGCCUAUGUGCAAGCGGUCAGCGAUGCCUUUAAGACAGGUUCUUACGGUGGCAUCACCUACAGCGGCGCCUACGGUGACCUCAAGGCGACCACUGUGGCAGUGCUGAUGCACAGCGAAGCGCGCGCGCAGACCAGCGAGAGCAACGGGGCCUUGCGGGAGCCGUAUCUCAAGGUGAUUCAUUUGAUGCGCUCCAUGGAGUAUCAGGACGAAGCAAAUCGUCCCAUCUUUCUGCGCAACAUCAUCGAGGCCAUUGGCCAGUUUCCCUACGCCUCUCCCACAGUCUUCAAUUUCUACCUGCCAGAAUUCCGGCCGGAGGAUUUUCCGGAAGGUUUGGUGGCCCCGGAGUUCCAGAUCUUCACGCCGCCCAACGCCUUGGCCUUCGCCAAUGGCAUGGUGUCACUGAUCGACCAUGGCCUGGCGGACUGCGACCAAGGCUUUGGCGUCGGCGUCACGGAUUGCUCCUCAGGCGGCUUCGCCUUUCAGGAGGCCACCGGAGGCAUGAGCGCAUCCUUGCCGGAGCUGGAUCUGUUGCUGACUGGGGGCCGUUUGGAGGCCAAGCACGCCGUGCAGGCGGCCUAUCAUCAGCGCAAUGGCUGGAAGGAUGCUCAGAAAGCCAUGAUCUUCACCCCGGAGUUCAACACCAUGGGCAAUCCAAUGGCAGGCGGCGUGCGUCCACCUUCGCCUCCACCCUCGCAGACGGGAAGUGGCUCCGGAUACAAAGCCGUGGUCAUGCUCUUCUUGAAGGGUGGCAUGGAUAGUUUCCAGAUGUUGGUGCCCAUGGACUGCCCCCUGUACGAUGAGUACACCACGGUGCGACGCAGUAUCUCCCUACUGCCAGAUGAAGUGCACAAGAUCCAGGCGCAGAAUCAGCCCUGUAGCGAGUUCGGGAUCCAUCCCCGGCUGCCUUUCCUCAAGGAACUCUAUGAUGAUGACCAGUUGGCCUUCGUGAACGAUGUGGGAUCCUUGGUGGAGCCCCUGACCCCGGACAUGAUUGGUACAGGUUUCCACGCCAAGGGAGGCACCGGAGAGACUUGCCAGGGCCUCUUUAGUCAUGCCGACCAGCAGCGAGCAGCUGAGACCCUGACCUGCCAGUAUUCCACGGCCGAGUUCAAGGGCGCCGGUGGGCGCAUGGCAGAUGCGGUGGCCGCCAAGGGAGCCUGGGAUUUGGAGAUGGAGGCCACUUGGCCCCAGGGCUUCGAUGUCUCGGGCGAGGUCUUGGGAAGCAACGGGGGCGAGUCCGCCUUCCCCGAGUACGAGCGCUUGAAGGACAUCAUUGACAACAUCACAGGCACGCAACAUGGAAACAUCUACUGCGAGGAAUAUGCCAAGAGGUUCCAACAAUCCAUCAGCUUCAAUCUGGGCCUGGAAAAACAACUGGAAAACGCCGAGCUUCAAACCGCGUACGAGAUCAGUGGCUAUCAUCCCUUACGUUCCCAGUUCAAGCAGGCCGCCACGCUGAUCUCGGCACGGGUGGAUCGGCAGGCGGAGCGCGACUUUUUCUUCAUCGAGGAUGGAGGCUGGGACUCGCACAAAGGAGUGGAGAAUGCCCUCUACACCAAGUUCGGCGAAGUGAAUUAUGCCUUGGAGGAGUUUGUUGCAGAGUUAAAGGCCCAGGGCACCUUCGACAACGUGGUCAUUGUGACGCACUCGGACUUUGCGCGCACCCUAACGCCCAACAGCAAUGCAGGAACGGACCAUGGCUGGUCUGGCAUCCAAAUGGUGAUCAGUGGAGCGGUGAAGGGCGGCCUCAUCAAUCAGUACCCUCGCCUGGCGGAAGGGUCGGAAAUGGACGCAGGCCGUGGCCGGCUGAUUCCCAGGUAUCCUUUGGAGGGGAUGAUGAUGCCAGUGGCUGAAUGGAUGGGCAUGGAGCCAUCACAAGCGAGCCAGGUGUUCCCCAACAUUGGCCGUUUCAACUCUUCGCAUCUCAUCACCAAGGAGACGCUAUUCAAGUGA